CUGUUGACAACCCACAGUUCACUUAAAGGCUCAGGUCAGACAACCUCUCUCAACUUUUCAGCCCAUCUCGCUGAUUCGAUUCUCCCGGGCAGUCAUGAGGACCACGGUGGUCGCUGUUGUCAUGGUGAUGUUGUGUGUGAUGAUGGUGCACGCAGACGUGAAGCCGCAGAGAGAUUUCAACCUGCAGAGGUUUGCAGGGAGAUGGUACCGUGUGGGCCUGGCCUAUGACUCUCCAAGUUUUGUUCCCUACAGAGACAAACUGAAGGCCUCAAUGGGCAUCAUCACACCGCUGACAAACGGCAACGUUAACCUCACAAUGUGGGAAGCCACACCUCUGGGCUGUCACAGUAAGCUGUACCAGUAUGAGAAGACCAACGUCCCGGGACAGUUCACCUACUUCAGCUCACGCCACAACAUGGUGAAGGACAUCACAGUGGUGGACACAAACUACACCGAAUACGCUCUGGUUCUCAAACACAAGGUUUUUAACAGCGAGUACACACAAGUGGCACUUUACGGUCGCUCUCAAAGAGUUAGGACUGAAGUAAUCAACAAGUUUAAAACCUUAGCCUUGUCCCGCGGUUUCUCCAGAGAGUCUAUUCUGACUCCACCUCCAGCAGAAAACUGCCCACAAUCUGGAUCUGGUUAGAUGUACCUGCGGUGAGGGUGCCAGUGUGUUCUGAUGUGCGGCUCCAGCUCUGUAUUUCCCAGCAUUUACUGCAAAGAGCUUUCUCUCAGCAAAGCAAAUAUCAUCAUUCUAUUAUAACAUCUAAUCCUAUUUUAUGUAAUGUUUCAUUUUCAUUGUUCUGCUGUGUUGGCAUGGUUUAAUAAAUAAAACUAACCUUCA